AUCUAUAACCUCGAGAUUAAUAGUAUACGAAGAUAAAAAUGAAAAACGUUUAGCAAAUCGCGAAACUUGGGAAGUAUUAUUUAUUUGCAGAAGUGAAAAGCGCUCGCGGUGUAAGGAACAAAAUUAAAAUGCAGCGCCGUCGAAUGAUAUGUUUAAUUGCGGCUACCGUGUGCGCUGUUGUUGUGAUUGUACUUCUUGCAGUGUUCUUAAACAAAAAAACCGAAAUUAAAAGUGAAUCGCACGCAUCAUCGAUACAGUCCACCACCACACAGCCCGAAUGCCAUACUCCUGGAUGUCUUAAAGCCGCUAGAGAAAUACAAAGUUUUAUAGAUCCCUCAGUGGACCCGUGCGACGACUUUUACUCAUUCGCCUGCGGUAAAUUUCUGAAAGAGACCCAGAUACCGUCGGAUAAAGAUCAAGUUACCGUAUUUACUCACGUGGAACAAUCGCUACAAAACCAACUAAAACUUCUAAUUGAAGAGCCACAAACGAAGGACGAAAUAAAACCGUUUACUUUAUUGAAGAAUUUUUACACAGUGUGCAUGAAUACGUCCGCCAUUGAGGCUGACGGUAUUAAUACAGUGAAAGAAAUCAUCAAGGAUUUAGGCGGCUGGCCCGUUGUCGAGGGAAAAGCGUGGAAGGAGCAUGAGUUUGAUUGGCAGUGGUCGGUUUUCAAAUUUCGAAAGCACGGGCUCGGUACCGAUAACUUUAUAUCGUUUAAUUUAUUUCCGGACUUCAAGAACUCAUCGAGGCGUAUGCUCAAUUUAGAUCAAGUUGAGCUGGAAUUGGACCGGGAGAACUGGAUAACUGGUCUGAGUGAUGAAGUUGUAAAGGCUUACUUUAAUUACAUGGUCGAGGUGGCGGUAAUUUUUGGAGCGGAAAGGAAGUUUGCUGAAUAUGAGUUGGAGGUGAUGAUCAGAUUUAGAGGAGAACUUGCCAAUAUUACGUUGCCUCCAGAAGAACGCCGCAACGAAACCGCUCUUUACAAUCCCAUGACCAUAAGAGAACUACAAGAAAGAUAUCCGUCAAUAAAAUGGGUAGAGUUCAUAAACAACGUUAUGGCGUUCACCGAUAGAGGAAUGACGAUUAAUGAUUCCGUUGUCAUAAACGUUCCGGAGUAUAUCUCUCAAUUAGAAAAGUUACUUCAGAAAACUUCGCGAAGGGUACAAGCCAAUCACGCCAUUUUCCAAGCCGUGAGGUCCUUGCAGUCCUAUUUGCCUGAAAGGAUAAGAGUUUUGCAAGAUAAGUUUGAAACUGUUCUAUACGGAACGACAACUAGAAUGGCGAAAUGGCGACAGUGUAUAAAUACAGCAAAAGACAUGUUGGGGCAUGCAGCCGGGGCGUUGUAUAUACGGACAUACUUUUCGGAGGAAGCACGAAGGAGCGCCAUUGAAAUGGUGACCAAUAUCCGAAGUAAAUUUGUCGAUAUAUUAAGAAUGCUCACAUGGAUGGAUGAAAGUACCAAAGCGACGGCGAUAGACAAAGCGAUGGCGAUUCACGCACAUAUUGGUUACGCAGUUGAGCUUUUGGACGACAAAAAGCUCGAGGAAUACUAUGAACCGCUGAAUGAUUUCUAUACAACAAACUACAUUCAUUUUAUCGGGAAUAUUACGAUGUUUAAAACCGACAAAACGGUAGGGCUUGUCUGGACACCAAUAAAUAAAACCGAUUGGGUUACGAGACCUUCGCCCAUUGUCAUCAAUGCAUUCUACGAUCCUAGUGAAAACGGAAUUCAAUUUCCGGCGGCCAUACUCCAGGGAAUAUUCUUUGAUAGUGAUCGAAUUCACGCUAUGAACUACGGGUCCAUAGGUCAAAUUAUUGGACACGAGUUGACUCACGGGUUUGACGACGAAGGAAAGCAGUAUGAUAAAAAUGGUAACCUAGUGAAUUGGUGGGAUGAAGGGACAGACGAGGCAUUCUCCGAGAAAGCAAAGUGCAUAAUCGACCAGUACAACAAUAUAACUGUACCCGAGGUGAAAUUAAAUUUACAUGGAAUUAACACACAAGGAGAAAAUAUCGCCGAUAACGGUGGAUUGAAAGAGGCAUAUUUGGCGUAUCAGUCGUGGGUGGAAGUCCAUGGCCCUGAACCACAACUUCCCGGGCUUAAUUAUACUGCGAAUCAAUUAUUUUGGAUAUCGGUGGCGAACACGUGGUGCACGUGCCAUAGGAAGGAAUCGUUACGACAGGAUGUCUUAACGGAUAACCAUUCCCCUCCAAAGUAUCGCGUUUUAGUGCCAUUGAGAAAUUCAGAUUACUUCCAUAAGGACUUUCACUGCAAGGAAGGAUCUAACAUGAAUCCCAAAGAGAAAUGUAGCGUUUGGUAACUGCUACAAACAAUCAUUUUUUGCCGAACGCGUGGACUUCGAAACGCUAUUGUACCAGAAGACGUCGUGUUUGGCGAAAUAUGAAACCCUAAUCUAAAAAUGUACAAAUGCCAAUUUCCACCUCUGUUGGCUAACAAUAAAUAUACAAGUACUUA